AUGUCCUCUGCAGUAUCUACUCCUGCCCGUCCUUCCACUCCCGCCAAUCCUGCACAGCCAUCGACACCACCGACCGGGACAUGGCGACAUCCCAAGUUGAACGAGAUUGUCAGGCGCCAGAAUGCGUCGACUUUUACCGAACGAAACGUUCGAAUUAUCUUGUAUAACUUCGCGGGCAUAGCUCUCACAUGGGCGUUUGGAAGGGCCUGUUGGAAUGGGCUCCCAAAUCUGUUCCGAGAAGGCAAAAUGCUACAUCAAUACGGAACCUGGAUCUACACUAUCGUACAUCUUGUAUUUGUGUACAAUGUUGCAGUGGCUCUUCUACCUCUUUUCCGAUCGACGGAUCCAAUCCAAGAUAUCCCUCUUACGCCUGCACAGAGAAAGCUUCUGGGCCUUCCUCCGAGCUCGAGGCCUGCAACACCCGAUACCAAGUACGCGACACCCCCCAGGUACUCGAGAACGCCUACGCCUUUGGCUGGAUCAGCGGGAAGUAAUCGAAAUAAUUCGGGAUCGCCAUUGUCAGGGAAGGGAAGGGAAAGCCCACUGGGAGGCAGUUUAUCUGGUUCGCCGUUCUCUCCGUCUGCAAGUCCGCUGUUGCAGAAAGCGAUGGCAGGUGGAUUGAAUGGAACAAGGAGGAAUUCAUACGGGUCUUCGUUCGGGCCUGGAGUGUCAAGGAUUAGCGGGCUAGACCUUCCUGCGACGCCGACCCCGAAGACAGGAACGGUUGGGUUGAAUAGCAAGUGGCUCUAUGAUAGGGAAAGGAGGAAUUCUGGGAGCGCCAGGCUCUAUACCUGA